AUGUCUACCGACCCCAAGAUUCAAGAUCUGCUGAACAAGCCCAAGAGCGAGCUCACUGAAUAUGAGGUCGCUCUGGUCGAAGAACAUGAGCUCACGGCCGGUCCUCUCUCCCUGCUUCAGACCGCAACCCGCACCCACACCCAGGUCCUGAUCUCCUGCCGGAACAACCGCAAGCUGCUCGCGCGAGUCAAGGCCUUCGAUCGCCACUGCAACAUGGUCCUGGAGAACGUCAAGGAGAUGUGGACGGAGAAGCCAAAGGGCGGCAAGGGUCGCGGCGUGAACAAGGACCGCUUCAUCAGCAAAAUGUUCCUGCGCGGCGACUCCGUCAUCCUGGUCUUGCUGAGCUGA